AGCGCUUCGGCCAAGUUCAUUCUGCCAUAAAACGUUUCCUGAAAGAUCUGUAGAACUUCCUCCGCACUCUAUAGACAGAACGAUUUAUAAAACAAAAAGGCUUCGUUGAAAUUGAGAGAAUGACCAAUAAAAAUACAAUGCAGCAUUGUUUUUUUUAAGCCCUGUUUCCUGCAUGCCGCAGUUAAAGGGAAUUUUUGCAGUCAGCACUCGAACGGGUCCUGUUCCGUGCGCCCAGCCCGCCCCAGGGUGCGGUCCAAUGGGUAUUUAAGUACCGGAGUGCUGCAGCUCAGAGCAGCAGUCCCGACUGAAACAAAAUCGCACAUCAGACCUGCAGACGCAAGUUACCACCAUGGGCAACUGGAUUGUGAACCACGGGUUAUCGGUUUUUAUACUGGUGAUUUGGAUGGGAAUCAACAUAUUUCUGUUUCUGUACUACUAUUUUUUCUACGAUCUGGGGGACCAGUAUGUCUACACCCGACACCUUCUGGGGUCCGCGCUGGCGUGGGCUCGGGCGCCGGCCGCCGUGCUCAACUUCAACUGCAUGCUGAUCCUGCUGCCGGUGUGCCGGAACCUGCUGUCACUGGUCCGCGGCUCCUUCGUGUGUUGCGGACGGUCUAUGCGGAAGCAGUUGGACAAGAACCUGACUUUCCACAAACUGACAGCCUACAUGAUUGCCCUCAUGACGGCUGUCCACAUCAUCGCUCACCUGCUGAACCUGGAGUGGCUGAACAACAGCAGACAGGGAGAGUACGACACCCUCAGCACUGAGCUCUCUGAGCUGGGAGAUGUGCCUGACGAGAGCUUCCUCAAUCCCAUCCGCUCCAACAACACCACUCCCACGUACGUGGCGUUUACCACCAUUGCCGGCCUCACGGGGGUCAUCAUCACCUUGGCCUUCAUCCUCAUGAUCACCUCGUCCAUGGAGGUCAUCCGGCGCAGCUUCUAUGAGGUCUUCUGGUACACCCACCACCUCUUCAUCAUCUUCUUCGCUGGGCUGGUCUUUCACGGAGCUGGGCGGAUUGUGCGCCAGCAGACAGAGGACAGCAUGCUGCUCCACAAGACUGCGGUCUGCAGCAACCAGUCCUUGUACUGGGGCAAGAUCGAGGAGUGUCCCAUCCCACAGUUCAAAGGAGGGGAGCCAGGGACGUGGAAGUGGGUGUUAGGACCCAUGUUCUUGUACCUGUGUGAACGUGUGCUGCGCUUUAUUCGCUACCUGCAGAAGGUCACAUAUCGGAAGAUUGUGAUCCACCCUUCCAACGUGCUGGAGCUGCAGCUGACGAAGCCAGGGUUCCACAUGGAGGUGGGGCAGUACGUCUUCCUCAACUGCCCUUCCGUCUCCCAGCUGGAGUGGCACCCCUUCACCCUGACCUCUGCCCCCGAGGAGGACUUCAUGAGCGUGCACAUCCGCUCCGUGGGGGAUUGGACCCGCGGGCUCAUCAGCCAGCUGGAGAACCUGCCCGAGGGGGCGCAGGGGCCCAGGAUGGCCGUGGAUGGCCCGUUUGGCACGGCCAGUGAGGAUGUGUUCGACUAUGAGGUCAGCAUGCUGGUUGGCUGUGGCAUCGGGGUCACGCCUUUCGCCUCCAUCCUCAAGUCCAUCUGGUACAAGUUCAAGGAGUCGAACCCUAAACUCCGCACCAGAAAGAUCUUCUUCUGCUGGGUGUGUCGGGAGACCCAUGCCUUUGAGUGGUUUGCAGACCUGCUGCAAGUGCUGGAGAAGCAGAUGGAGGAGAGGGGGAUGAAGGACUUCCUCACCUACAAGCUCUUCCUGACUGGCUGGGACCACAGUCACGCUGCUCAUGCCAUGGUUCACUUUGACAAGGACACAGACAUCAUCACUGGGCUCAAACAGAAAACUCAUUAUGGCAGGCCAAACUGGGACAAGGAAUUUGAGGAGAUCCGCAAGGAAAAUCCCACGUCAGUUGUUGGUGUGUUCCUGUGUGGGCCUCAGAGUCUGGCGAAGACCCUGGAGCAGAAAUGUGUGAAGUAUUCCGAUGUCGAUCCCCGAAAAGUGAAGUUUUACUUCAACAAGGAGAACUUCUAAGCAGAUUGAAUUCGUAAACUUCCUUUGAACUCUGCUGUAUGGAGACAGUGGCACUCCAAUAAGAUGCUGACUGCAGCAGCAACAAUCUCCACCUCUCACGUUCUCUUUUGCACAAAGACUCAUUAAGGAAUCAAGCGAUCCGGACAGCUGUUUGUGAAUUGAAGGCUUUGGUAGCAGGUUUCUGUGGCCCACAUGCACAGACUUCACCUUUCCACCUGCACAACUGCUGGAAGUCAGCACACCUGUGUGAAUGCUUUCAGGUCCAUCACUGAGCUUUCACAGGGGCUCAUGAAUUAUGCACACAGCAAGACAGCAAGCCAGGAAGCCAGGGACCUCAAGUCUGAUCGGCACAUCUGAGGAGGGCAAUUUAAAUAGCUUUCAAAGAAAUGUCAAGAAAACAGUUUGGACUUUGCACCCUGUGUAUUGCUGCAGGACACUCUGAAUGCCAAUGGGGAACAAUCAGUUACUGUCUGGCCCUCCUCAAGAUGACAAGCUGGUCUGGGUGACUCAUUGCACUCCCUUUGAGGAGUUCCAAGCGACAGUUUGUGUUCCUGGAAGUUCAGAAGUAUGGAGUAGAGUUUGAUUAGCUUAAUCACUCAUCCUCACAGUGUGAAACGAAUUUGUAAUGACCAGAUGUUUUCAUUUUAAAUGUCCCAGCUAUAGCAUGUACAACUGCUAUAACUACAUGUAUAUGCAUAUACACCAGCUAUAACCGUUCCAGGGCAGGACAGGCCAAACUGCUUAAAUAGAAGUCAGGCAAUGCACCUGAUCUUACUAACAGUGGAUGGUAUUUUCAAAAGAAGAAAGAUUCUGCUUAUGUUAUGUCUUUUGCUUUAUAUUCCAGGGCUCAGAAAAUAAUUACCUAGUGCAAUUAUCUUCUCUGGAUGCAGCCACUUCACAUAAAAAAUGCAGCAAAAUAAGCAUUGGAGCCAAUAGCAUUUGUUACAUUUUAAUGACUCUACAGUGUAUUUUUAAAUGAUUGUCUAGUUUUUAAUAGCAGGGUAAUGCUCUACUGUACUCACAGUGUUAUUAGCCUGAUAAUUGUAUCUGUCAAAACUGACGCUGUAUUGUAAUGAUAAACGUAUGAGAUAGUAUGUAUAACUGA